UUUUUCUCCAGUGCUUUUUGCAGUGAUGGCAGACCCCGAGGUGCCGCCAACGCCUCAGCCACGAUCUGAGGCAGGGCGGUCAUCAAGGCGGUCAUCGUCACGGCAGUCCCCCCCGAGCAGAGAGAGCAAAGAGUCGGACAACCCCAUCUACGUUGGCGUCUUCGCUGACAAGAAGGAAAUCGAUAAAGCCCGACAACGACGAAAGUCACAAAAGCCCCCAAUUGAGGAUGAGCGAGAGGCAGAGGGAGAACAGCCGCCCGAGACCGCUGCUGCCCCAAAGGCAGCCGCUGCGGCAAAGAGGCGCCUGCCUUCUCGUGCGAAAGAAGAUGAGGAAGAGGCCCCCCCGCUCCUGAGUGCGGCAAUCAUCUUUGAGGACAAGCCACUCGAUGAAUUGACUGGCGUACCACCGCCGGAAGCGCCCCCACUUCGCCCCUCACUAUUGCGCCCUGAAUUGCCCAGCGAGUGGCAGCGGUCGUCCGCCGAUCUGUCCGAGAGGCCAUCACGGCUGCCUGAGCCGCUGCCUCGCGGCAUUGCUGGACGGCCAUCGCCCGCCAGCCAGGAGAGGGACGUCUCUGUGCAGCCGCUCGAGGUGACGGUGAAGGCCAGACGAGCGUCAAAAUCCUAUUGUGCGUCGCGGAUCCAGCGUGCGUGGCGUUCGAUGAGUGACAGGAGGAUAUUUGAGGCUCUGAAGCAGCUGAUAAGUUUCCACCAGCGGGGCGACCCCAUGUUGAUGCUGAGGGCAUUCAAUCCCCAGGAGGCCCAGCUGCUGGACCCCGCCAUGCAGGCACAUGUGCGCUUCAGGCUGGGAGGGGCAUGGCCGACCUUCCCCCCACUCCUCUACUACAAGAUUUUCGUCCACGGGUAAGUGAGAGCGAUGACUCAUUGAUUGACACGAUAGACAGACAGAAGUGUUCGUUCGUUCUGUGCACCUUGUUUACCUCUGUCUCUCUGUGGCGCGGUCCGGUGUGUGUGCGUCGAUCCACCGAUGGAUCAUGCAGUCCGGUUGUCGAUGUGAAUGCUUUUGCCCCCCGGCCCUACCAGCUGACAGAGGAGCAGAAGAGCUCAUCAAUCCGAAAGCGUGCGGCGCUUCUGCACCGUCUGUCGUUGGAGAUGUGGGACGGCCCUCUGGUGGACGGCAAGUCGCGGCUGAUGCUGGAGGAGCUCGAGGGCGAACACUCGGAGGAGAGGCUGCGGGACUGCUGGUACAUACGGGAGGAGAACAACGGAUGGCGAACGGUCAGUGAGCCGAUAGAUAACGAGGGUAGCGAGCGGAUAAAGGUGGGUCGAUGGAUGGACAUUGGUGGAUGCGUCAUGUGCAGGUCGCUGUGCGUGUGGACAGGGUGGGCCCUCCUGAUGAGAUUGAAAGGCUCACCGCACUCAAGUCCAAGAGACCGUAAGAUCUUUGUCAAUGCCACUCUGCCUAGAUGGUGCAUCUGUGGUCAGGAAUUAUCACUAUUCGCGGCUUAAGCGUCGCCAGGAUGUCGAGGCAGCCAAGAGACAGGUAUGUAUGCACACAGAAAGCCAUCGCCCUCCUGACCUAUCCGAUUUCCCUGUGCUAUCAUCUCCACUCAGCGUCGCCUGGAUUGGCUGCGAAGCCUCUAUCGUGUGGCGUCUGAGGCGCCGGCAGAGGAGGAGGGCCUCGAGGAGUUGGCGGACAUGACAAUGGAGGACGACGCGCUCAUCGAGUGGGCCGCCACCCUGCCGACCGACCUCAACUUCGACCACUACAUGGUCGAGUGGACCACCAUCGCCACAUCCGGCCUCUCUGAAGCUGGCAAGCCCCUUCUGCACAGGUCGAUAACGCCCUUGCCAUCAUCCAGGAGGGCCCACGAGGCACGGGAGAGACGCAAGAGACGCUCACAGGUGUCCCUCUCCCCGGAAGGUUCGCCGCGUGCGGCUCGGUGGAGGUCUGUGUCUCCCAAGCGGAGUGGGUCUCUGUUGAGAAGUCGGUCUGCGUCGAUGACUGAUCUGGCCGCGGCGGUGGGUGGGCAGGCGGGAGAGGUGGGUGGCUAUCAGAUGGUUGUGGAGGACACAUCUGGACUGCUCGGCGUUGCGGGCACGAGAUUUCUGCCGAGGCCAGAAGCAGCGUAAGUGUCUGUGUGGGUAAGUGUAUGGGUGGUGGGUGGCUGCACACAGGGCUGCGCUGCUGUCUGUUACAUAUUCGUUGCUACAAGGGUCAGCCAGACCUUUGCUCGGUGAGGGGCAGGCCUGAUUGUGUGUGAGUGCGCGUGUGUGUGUAUGCGAUGCCUUCACGGACAGACAGCCCUCUUUGUGUGGU